GGGGGGGCAUUAUGGGGCGCUGCCCCCCACCCCGCUCACCCUCUUCUCCCCACAGUGACGAAGACCAUCUGUGCACCCCAAUGCAACGGGCGCUGCUUCGGGAGGGCCCCCAACGAGUGCUGCCACGAGGAGUGCGCGGGGGGGUGCACCGGGCCCCUCCAGACCCAUUGCUUCGCGUGCCGGCACUUCAAUGACAGCGGUGCUUGCGUCCCGCUGUGCCCGCAGCCGCUCAUCUACAACAAGCUGACCUUCCAGCUGGAGCCCAACCCCGACACCAAGUACCAGUACGGCAGCGUCUGCGUGCGGAGCUGCCCCCAUAACUUUGUGGUGGAUCAGAGCUCGUGCGUGCGCGCCUGCCCCACCAACAAGAUGGAAGUGGAGAAGAACGGGCUGAAGAUGUGCGAGCCGUGCGUGCUGACCCCAGUUCCCGCAGAGCAAGAGGGGAAGGUGUGCGACCCGCUGUGCUCCGCUGAUGGCUGCUGGGGGCCCGGCCCGGCGCAGUGCCUGUCCUGCCGGCACUACAGUCGCCGUGGGGUCUGCGUGGAGUCCUGCAGCUUCACCCAGGGCGAGACGCGGGAGUUUGCCGAAGGGACCGAAUGCUUCGAGUGCCACCCGGAGUGCGAGCGCGUGGAGGGCGGCAUCACCUGCAAUGGCUCCGGCGCCGAUACUUGCACCCGCUGCGCCCACUACCGGGACGGACCCCACUGCGUGGAGCGCUGCCCCGAGGGCAUCCUGGGCGAGCGCGGCCCCAUCUACAAAUACCCCGACAGCAGCCGGGAGUGCCGGCCCUGCCACGAAAAGGGGAAUGGGGAGAAAUGGGGGGAAUGGAGGAGAAUGGGAGGCAGUGGGGGGCUGUGCAUGGUGCAUGGCUCACCCCUCUCUGCCUCUCCUAGGUGCACGGGGCCGCUGCUGCGGGACUGCCUGGGGGAUGCGCUGCCCAGUGCCAGGAGAGCCCCCACGGUGAUCGCGGUGCUGGUGGUCGGAGGGCUCUUCCUCUCCUGCUCCUGCGUCCUCCUCUCCCUGCUCUACUGGCGUGGCAAGAAGAUCCAGAAGAAGCGGGCGAUGCGGCGCUACCUGGAGCGGGGCGAGAGCCUGGAGCCGCUGGACCCCAGUGAGAAGGCCAACAAGGUGCUGGCACGCAUCUUCAAGGAGACGGAGCUGAAGCGGCUGAAGGUUUUGGGCUCAGGCGUGUUCGGCACCGUGCACAAGGGCAUCUGGAUCCCGGACGGUGACUCCAUCAAGAUCCCGGUCAGCAUCAAGGUGAUCCAGGACUGGAGCGGGCAGCAGUCCUUCCACGCCGUCACCGACCACAUGUUGGCCAUCGGCAGCCUGGACCAUGCCUACAUCGUGCGGUUGUUGGGCAUCUGCCCCGGCUCCCAACUGCAGCUGGUGACGCAGCUGCUGCCGCUGGGCUCCCUGCUCGACUACGUGCGCAAGAACCGCGGCAGCAUCAGCCCGCAGCUGCUGCUCAACUGGUGCGUGCAGGUGGCCAAGGGGAUGUAUUACCUGGAGGAGCACCGCAUGGUGCACCGCAACCUGGCGGCGCGCAACGUGCUGCUCAAGUCGCCCAGCCAGGCGCAGGUGGCCGACUUCGGCAUCGCCGACCUGCUCUACCCCGACGACAAGAAGUACUUCUACAACGAGGUCAAGCACGCAUCAGAGCGACGUGUGGAGCUACGGAGUGACGCUGUGGGAGAUGAUGACCUUUGGGGCUGAGCCGUACGCCGGGAUCCGCUUGCCCGAGGUGCCCGACCUGCUGGAGAAGGGCGAGCGGCUCCCGCAGCCCCACAUCUGCACCAUCGACGUCUACAUGGUGAUGGUGAAAUGCUGGAUGAUCGACGAGAACAUCCGCCCCACCUUCAAGGAGCUGGCCAACGAGUUCACCCGCAUGGCGCGUGACCCCCCCCGCUACCUGGUCAUCAAGCAGGAGAGUGGGGCCGUGCCGCCCGCCGAGCCCCCCACCCUCAGCGACAAGGAGCUGGACGAGAUGGAGACGCUGGAGCUGGAGGAGGAGGAGCUGGACGUGUCCUUCGGCCUCUGCCCCCCCCGGCCACGAGGCAGCUGCACCCGAAGUCCCAGCCUGCUGAGCCCCCCAGCUGGAUACAUCCCCAUGAACCAGUCCGGCCUCGGCAGCCGCCAGGGCACUGGGACGCGGCCACCGCGCCGCAGCCGCCAGGAAUCUGUGGGGCGGACGGUGUCGGAGUCGUCGGAGGGCCGGGGCACGGCCUCGGAGCUGGACCUGGCCGAGGGGCUGUCGCUGUCGGGCAGCCUCUGCCGCAGCCUGCGCUCGCGGGGGGACAGCGCGUACCUGUCCCAACGGGAGAGCUUCCCCCCCCUGCCCCCCGGCUCUGAAGGCAGUGAGGAGGACGCCAACGGCUACGUCACACCCAGCUGCGCCGGACGGGAGCCAGAGCCCACGGGGAGCUCAGUGCCAGAGCUGGAGGAGGAGUACGAGUACAUGAACCGGCAGCCUGGGGCCCCGCCACAAGUCCCCCCACCGCGGCCAGCCUCGCUGGAGGAGCUGGGCUACGAGUACAUGGAGGUGGGCUCAGAGCUGGGCAGCCCCGCAGGGCCCCCCCCGGGCCACGGGGAGGAGGAGGAGGACUACGAGUACAUGAACAAGCAGCCACGGCUGAGCCGCUCGUUGGGCAACGUGGUGGGGGGGCCAGGACCCCGGCAUGAGGGCAGCCUCCCCCGACACGAUGGCUACACUGACAUGCGGCCUGGGGAGCCCACCCCGGGCCCACCUGAGGAGCAGGGCUACGAGGAGAUGGAGGCGGUGCUGGCCCCCCGUGGCCCUCCCUGCCCCAGCUGCCGCAGUCCCCCUGGACCCCCCCCGGCCUGUAUGAAGCCCCUGCGCAGCCUGGAGGCCUCGGACUGUGCCUUUGACAACCCCGACUACUGGCACAGCCGCCUCUUCACUAAGGUGGACGCCCAGCGGACAUAGGGAUCCCCUGCCCCCCCCCAGCUGUUUACACUGGAUAUGAAGGAUCAUCGCCCCCACGUUGGUGCUGGAUGGAGGGCAUGAGGCAAAGCUCCUUGAGGGGCACAAAGAAUGGGACUGGGGGGGACAGCCCUGCCUGGGGUGUGGGGCUGAUCCUGAACCCCCAGGCCCCAUUGGGAGGGAGGGCUUGGACCCCUCUCCUCCUUACUGCCAUGCCCCAGGGCUGUCUCCAGCAUUCCCCCGCCCCAUGGUGCUCCCCAUGUGCAGGACUACGGCAGCAGGUCCCUGCUUUGGGGCUUGAGGGGGCGGGGGGUCUACCUGUGGGGUUGGGGUCCUCCCAGCUGCUGUGGGUAGGAGGCCCCGUAUUUCCUUGCUUCCUGCAGGGGGUGGGUUGGGCGUGCCCCCCAGUCACAGGCUGGGCAGCGUGCCCAUGCUGCACGGCUACCCAGGCCCCGCUAAGAGGCUCUGGGGGACAGGACUGGGCCGUGCACGUGGGCCCCCUGAGGCCCCUCACCGAACUCCGGGCAUCACCCCACUCCCAGGACGGGAGUUGGGUCUGGUUUGUAAACGUGGAAUAAAGACAUUUGGAAUAGAA